AUGUCUGCUGAAAUGGAUAGAGCUCUCUUAGCCUUGUCUCUCAAAGAUGAUGAUGAUGGUCCUUUCACUCUACCAAAUCUACCGCAGUAUUUCGCAACUGAAAGGAAUGCAUGCAGCUUAAUAGGACGACUUCUUAACCCAGAAUUUCAAAGACUGCCAAAAUUGAUCCACGAACUACCAAGGAGGUGGCAGAAGUCAGAAAGAGUCAGAGGAAUUGCUUUGACUAAAGAAAAAUUUCAGUUUGUGUUCAUGCAUGAACACGAUCUUCAGGAAAUUCUAGAAAAAGGCAUGCAAACCUUCGAUGAUUGGGGAUUAGCAAUGGAUCGAUGGGUAGAGAAACCUCAGCCUGGAUUCCUGCAAUCAGUCUCGAUCUGGGUCAGAAUCAGCAACAUUCCGGUUAAUCAUUACACCAAAGAAGCUAUCUCUGAGCUUGGAGAUCUUAUCGGGCAUGUUGAAAAGGUCUUAUUUGAUCCUGAAAAACCUCAGAGACAAGAUUAUGUUAGAGUUAAAAUCAGGAUUGAAGUCUCCAAACCACUAAAGAAAACAAGGGUCCUAAAUCUCCCAGGUGGUGAACAGACAACAAUUCGUUACUAUUAUGAAAAAGUUCAAAUGCGAUGCUUCCACUGUCAGAGAUUAACGCAUGCAAAGGAACGCUGUCCUUUUCUUGAACAUGCUCAAGGAUCUAGUGAUCAGUCAAAGGGUUUCAUGUCUAUCUCUCAGACUUCUCUUCCGCAAAGGGUUCUUGAAGCUACUGAUCCUCUGUAUGGAAUUUUAAAGGAAGAUCAAGUCGGAAUUAAUCCUCUCUCGGGUCGCCCGCGUAUUGCUCCUGAGAUUCUACAAGAGAUGCGCAAUUAUCUACUAGCUUCAAGCUCUGAAGACAGACAUGUUCGUGAACAAAGGGUCAUUGCUUCAGUGAAAGAUGCAGAAAUGAAACUGGAUUCACAGAGAUCAGUUAUGCAACUCAUCCCUACUUCGCUGUUCACUUCAGUCAUAAACAAAGGAAAAGGGAUAGUUGUCUCUGAUGAUAAUGAAGGAAAAAUGGGACACUCUUCUAUCCCGAACCCGCAACCUAAGUUAAUGGCAGCAGCAAUCUCAUCAGGACAGACGAUGUUUAACACUACAACCAACGUUUUCUGUAAAUUGUCGCUACCAUCACUUCAACAGUCUCAGGUGAAUCCAACCAGCUCUCUGAUUACUUUCACUGCUGAACCUUCUAACUCCAAAGAGAAGGCAAUAAGGAAGCCAGGAAGAUUCAAAAGAAUUUACAACUCUCGUAAGAAGUCUCAGAAGUUACCUCAAGCUCAUGAUCACAAAGAGGUGACUGAAGGAAAUGUGAGCAAGAAAAGGAAAGCUGAAGAUGAUUUGGCAGGUGUAUCCAAAGCUGCAAAGAGCAAUACACCAAAGAUGGUCCCGCGUGAGGGACCGUCCAACGCGUAA